UUCAGUCAGCGUCUGAGUGAUAACUCAUAAAUACUUUCUCUUUCUCUCUCUUCCUUCUGGAGCGGCACCUGACAAUGUCAUUCUCCCUCUGAUUCCUCAGCUCAAUCUACUACGCCUCUACAACAACCUCCAUUGUCAUCGGUCAUUGCUCUCUUUCUCUGACUUUGCAUGUUCCAGUUUCACCAGGAAUGCUUGGAGAGAAGAUUCUUGUUCACUUCACUUUUUCCUUGGAUCUCUCCUUCCAUUCCUCCAUUCUUUUCCCACCAUUUCCCUUUACCAUAUUGUCCAACUAUUCAAAAAAUGUAACUUGCAAUAUUACUUAAAUGCUACCCCAACCCUUCUCUCCCCUACCCUUUCCUCUAUCCUUGCUAUUCAAACAUAUUCAAAUUUAUUUUUAACUUGUGUUGAAUUUCCUUUUUGUCCCUACACCCUCAACUCAGCAGACGCAUUUUUCUGUUCAGUAGCAAAUUAAAGGUAUGCUGGAGUCUGGACAAUAGGGGAAGGCUAGAAACCAUGUGGUGCAAAUGCUUUGUGCAUGAAGUGUAAUUGCGUUUUUUAAAAAGCACUCAGUUCGUGCAGUUUGGGAAUCCCAAGUUGCACUUCUUGAUCACUGUUGCUGCUAUUGCAUUUCAUGAUGCCCAAGGUUUCAAACAUCUCAGAUACAGAAAGUUUAUCUGACAAGGAAGAUGAAAGUCAAAUGCAAAAAGUAGAUACAUUGGGGUUUGGUAUCACAUCUGAGGUUGUAGGCUUGAGACAUCUUGGGGAAAAUGUAGCUAGCUCAUCAGGAACCAAUUUGAGAUCUUCCUUCAUUGGCAUGGGAUUUUCUCCUUCGUUGAUAGACAAAGUGAUCAAAGAGAAAGGAGGGGAAGAUGCUGAUUUGUUGUUGGACACUCUUUUUGCAUAUUCAGCUCAUCAAAAGUCAAAUUCUGAAUCAUCAGACUCAUUAGGUCCAAUGCUUGAUGAAAACACCACUGUUGCCAUGUGUGAAGUUGAGAGUCAUAUGGAGAAGGCUCUGCAUGGAGCAAAAUCAGUGUCAACAGAUUCGUUGGAUAGCUUACUUGAUGAUGACAAGGAUGUUAAAGCCAUUACAACUGCAGAUCCCUUUCCGAAGCAGGAGCUUGAUCUCGUUGAGGAUCUUGAUGAUGACAAGAGGGCAUCAUUGUUGAUGAUGAACUUUCCCAUUGCCAAAAUUGAUUUUGCAAUUGAUAAACUUGGUAAGGGUGCUCAAAUUGAUGAACUGGUGGACUUCAUAAUUGCAGCCGAAAUAGCUGAGAGCGAGAAUUGUGACAACCCACCAAAUGCAAGUGUGAACAAAAAUGAGGAUUGCAGUGCGGAAGCUUUAUUUGGAACUAUGGACAAGACUUUGCGAUUACUUGAAAUGGGUUUUGAUGAGCAUGAAGUUUCACUGGCUAUUGAAAAACUAGGUUCAGAAGUGCCGGUAAUAGAGCUUGCAAAUUGCAUAUGUGCUAGCCAAAUGGGUGAAACAUAUCGCCCAAACACCAAGAAUGGCCCGGUCUCCUCUAAGACAAAACGUUCGUCUCUUGAUGGUUCUUGGUAUCAUAUAAAGGGAGUGCCUAGCCAUUGUGGUGAUAUAUUAGCUGCCAAAACUGAGAAACUUGACGAAGAAUAUUGGAGUAGCUUGAACUUGGGCAAUGCAGAUGUAGGUAUGAAGCCAAAAGAAGAAUACUAUGACGAGUCAAAUUCUUUUAUGAAAGAUUUUAACUUAGAUGACAUAAAGGGUAAAAGGCCAAAAGAAGAAUAUGAAGAGGACUUGAGCACUUGUAAUGGCCAUGCAUGGAAAAGAUCAAAAGUUCUUAGUAUUGGUAACAACCCGUCGCCGCAUAGGAAAACACCAGUUGAUAACUUUGAAAUGCCCAGUCGUCCUAAUGCUUCUGGGAAAAGUAUUGAUAAUGCUCUUUAUGGACCUCCUUAUUUCUUGUAUGGGAAUUUCGUGAAUUUAUCAGCUGAUGGUUGGAAGAAGGUGUCUCAAUUUUUAUUUUCUCUCCAUCCAGAAUUCGUUAAUACUCAACUUUUUUCUGCCUUAAACAGAACAGAAGGUUACAUACAUAAUCUUCCUAUCGAAGAUCGGUCACACAUUGAACCAAAAUCACCUAUGACAAUUGAAGAAGUAAUUCCACACACAAAGAAGUUUUGGCCUUCGUGGGAUACAAGGAAGCAAUUAAAUUGUAUAAGUUCUGAUACAACGGGAGCCUCACAAGUAUGUAAUAGCUUGGGAAAGAUGUUAGCAGGUUCUCGAGGUGCGCCUUCAAGCGAUCAGCAAACAAAAGUACUCUAUUAUUGUCGUACUAUGAAUCUUGUUUGGGUUGGCCCACAAAAACUUUCUCCUAUGGAACCUGAAUAUUUGGAACGUAUUAUGGGAUAUCCAACAUACCAUACUCGAAAUCCUGAUAUGACACUAGCUGAUAGGCUAGAUUCGUUGAAGAAUUGCUUCCAAACUGAUACCACAGGAUAUUAUCUUUCUGUUUUAAAGUCCCUUUUCCCAGGUGGUGUAACUGUGCUGUCGCUUUACAGUGGGAUUGGUGGAGCAGAAGUGGCAUUGCAUCGGCUUGGAAUAUAUAUGAAAGCUGUUGUUUCAGUGGAGUCUUCUGAAGCAAGACGCAAGGUUUUGAGAAGGUGGUGGCAGAAUACGGACCAAUCAGGGGAGUUGGUUCAAAUUGAAAACAUUCAAAGGCUAACAAGUAACAAAUUGGAGUUCCUCAUAAAAAAGUUUGGUGGUUUUGACCUAGUUGUUUGCUUAAACCCUUGUACAUAUGAGAAGGGCUCUAACGUAGUCCCUGGAAGCAGGGAAACUGUAGGAUUGGACUUCACAUCUUAUUAUGAAUUUGUUCGUGUCCUCCAACGGGUAAGAACUAUGUCGGGAAGGACUUAAUAAGCAACACAAUUUCAGAUCUUUUCGAGUCGGGUUGCCGACUCUCAGUGGCGCGGAUAAAUAUUUUUCUGAGCUUGAGGAUGUAAUAAGCUGCUUCAAAUCUUGGCAUUUUUAUCUCAGCUUUUGGGUGUAAGUUUUUUUUUUUCUAGUUGUUAACUAGUCGAAUGUAUCGGUAAACAUAACAUGCUUAUAAGGAGCUACUUUGGAUUUGGAAUUUUGUUCAAAGAAGCUUGCUCCUCGGUUUGAUUCAAGUUCUAAUCGAUUAGGCUAAUAAUAAUCUUAAUUACA